UUUAUGAUGAGAUGUAUUAUUAGACCCAAUAGAAGAAAAGAGAGUAUACCUGAAAAAUGGAUUACACUAAGGAUCAAUGAUUGCACUCUUCAUUUCCAAGAGGAAUGUUAAUAUGAAAGAAAUAGAUAUAAUAAUAAUAUAAUUAAAUCCAAGGAAAAAUUGAUUUGAAAAAUGGAAGAGUAUCAGAAAAAUAUCAAAUUAUA